CGGCUCUGAACGCUUCCGCAAGCUGCGCUGCGCUACGCUGGGCUGUUCUGCGGCUGAUGUUAGGCAUUCGGCCUUGAAGAGACGCCGUCGCCGCGGAGCUGGUUGUGUUCCGAGCUGGCCGCCGGGAGUGGGGCGGCGGAGCAAACAUGAAUGUUGGAGUUGCCCACAGUGAGGUGAAUCCAAAUACCCGCGUAAUGAACAGCCGGGGUAUGUGGCUGACAUAUGCAUUAGGAGUUGGCUUGCUUCAUAUUGUCCUACUCAGCAUUCCUUUCUUCAGUGUUCCUGUUGCUUGGACCUUAACAAAUGUUAUACAUAAUCUGGGGAUGUAUGUAUUUUUGCAUGCAGUAAAAGGAACACCUUUUGAAACUCCUGACCAGGGUAAAGCAAGGCUCCUAACUCAUUGGGAACAACUGGACUAUGGAGUACAGUUUACAUCUUCACGGAAGUUUUUUACAAUUUCUCCAAUAAUUCUAUAUUUUCUGGCAAGUUUCUAUACGAAGUAUGAUCCAACUCACUUCAUCCUAAACACAGCUUCUCUCCUGAGUGUGCUAAUUCCUAAAAUGCCACAGCUACAUGGUGUUCGGAUCUUUGGAAUUAAUAAGUAUUGAAAUGUUUUGGAAUGGAACAAAAUUUUUACAGCUACUGAGUUUUCUGUAAGAAAGGAGUGGUUAGUAAACUGCACGUUUCCAUGAUAAUGUGAAAUGAGAUGUAUUUACAUUGGAGGGCCAGUUGCUGGUUCUUCAUAUGCUGUUUUGAAGUGCAGAUAUUUACUAGAAGAUGCCUCUGUGUAAUGCAUGUGGUAUCUUUCUGAAGAGAGGCUUUAUAGGCAGGCUGGGCAGGCCCAGCUUAUAAGUUAAAUGGUUGUAAAGUGAGGGUAUAGUAGAUAAAUCUAAGGAAAUAGAUUUAUAAGACACCAAGACCAGUUUAGCUUAUAAUAAGUGGGCAUUAUGUUAGGAGAAGAAAAUUUCCAGUCAUUCAGUCAGUUUAAGCAGACAUACAUGUAAACCAGAAUCAUCUCUUUAUAAGUUUAUUAUAGAUCAUUUUUAUUACUGUAUGUAUUUUUCUUAUGGUAUAUAAGAGGAUAUUUCCCUCUUGUUUUAUACAAAGCAAUUCCCUACUUGAUGAUUGUACAUUUUUGGUUUUGCUGGCUCAACACUGUAUUGAAGGAUGAGGUCAUUUUUACAUUUAUUAAGUUACUGAGUUCAUGAAAGUCCACCUUCAUGACUGAUGAUAAGACAGCCAGGCAUCUUAUAAACAGCCUCUGAGUCAGCCUUCUAAUUUUGUAGCAGAGUGGGUUUUGCUGCCUUUCCAGACACAAGGCUGCUAAUCCAAUUAAGAAAAUAAUUUAUUUCACACGGUUAAAAUAUAUGGUAAUUUAAAGCUGUCUGCUUAUUUGGUUGAUAAUCUAAUUGUUAAAGUCUGCUAUUGUUUAGAAAAGGAAACAUAAAAUGGACAACUAUUUUAGCCGACCUGUGGUCUGGCAGAAACUGCUUCUGUAGCAGUAGUACAAGUAAAUAAUGGAGUCUUUUUUAGUGGGAUUGCAGUAAAAGACAACAUUGCCUUUUCUUACACCCCCUGCUCUCAAUCCCCAUAUUUUGCCCAUUAAUGUUUUGCCUUUCAAUACAUGGAUCUUAUUGUAGAUGAAGCCAAAGUGGUAACUCUUUCCAAAGCAGCAACCAUAUUGAAAUCUUGUGAUAUUAAUUGCAAGAAAUAACUACUUGGAGAAGGAAACAUGUCAAAAACAAAGUUCUGAUAUGGGGUGAAACUGAAAAGUCCCGUAAUAUUUGUAAACAAAACUGAGUGAAAAGAGUUAUAGACCAACUGAAAAAUCAAUUUGUUUCAAUAAACUGACUUUUGGGGGGUAAUGAUCAUCGUUUUGUAUUUCAGAAGUACUGAGUUUAGAAAUCAGUUGUAUGAUAAUGCUUUUGUAUGUUUGUCUUUUCCCAUGUAUUUUUAAACCAGUAAUCUAUACUUGAAUAAAACUUUUUUUCAUGUAAGAUUAUUACAAAUAAUCUCCAAAUUCA